AUGAUUGAAAACCGAGAGAAUAACCCUUACAAUCCCCCAGCUACCAACGAAGCUGUAACAGAGAAGGUGAUAAAGUCAGUGAUAUUUAUAUUGUUAAUAGUAGUUUUAGCGAGAUUAGUAUUAUAUUAUCCUAUGAACGACUCCGAAGGAAACGAUUUCGGCAUUAAAAACCAAACAGAAAUUAAUCGUACAGAUGAGAACAUCAGCGAAAUCGAGUUACAUGUCACUGAAAAUAUCGUGAGAGUUGAACCCAAGAUUAUAAAGCAACCCUCGUGUCCUAAAUCCGACAUGCUGGUCAUCCUUGAUGAAAUUUGUUCUGACUUGGUGCUGAGAAAUGAAUUGUGUACCCCUGAGGAUUUUUACGAUAAAAGGAAACAUAGGAAUCCGAGGAUUUCAAAAAAAAUAUCGAAAAACUUGGAACCUAGAGCAUCUAUAAUGAACUAUGUGGUUGGCGGCCUGUUGAUCACGUCACUGGGGGCGGCGUUGCUAGAACUUUACAAGGCGAAGAAACAGGUGCCAAGAAGGAACGGGAAAUGUCCGUUGAGCAGGAAAAGUUCCCUGGCCGAUCUGACCGUCAUGAAACAUCAGAGAAAAGAACUGAUUAGGAGAGAAUCCAUAAUGGAGUUACCAGAGGAAAGUCCACAGUCAAAACAAUUGGGUAGGAAGCGCCUCUGUUCCUUCUCUGUAGGAUCGAAUGCAAGCAUGUCUUACAAAGACAGUGCUACGGUAAAUGAAGAGGAAGUCACAGAACUUGUAAGCCAAAUUCCCACUGUCGAAACUAGAAGAUUCUCAGUUGGUGACAGUAGGAGGCCGUCUAUUUUAGAGAGAAGGAUUUCUAAUGACUACCGAAUGAUGUCAGUCGAAGGGAAGAGACCUUCCAUUGAUGAUUCGCCAGAAAAGAGGCAUCAUCGGCUAGUAUAUAGACAUUAA